ACCGUUCCUGUCAGGAUCCACAGGAACCAGAGAACCUGAGGGCCCAAGCUGCUUAAGUUGACUGGGAUUCUCUUUUUAGAGAGAGACAACCUCCAUCAGGAGCAGCUCAACAACACCAGGAGAAUCAGCAGAAACCCAAGACAUUUCACGCCUGUCCAGUGUGUGGAAGACACGCCAAAAGUUACCAUCCUGCAGACCACAUGAGGAUCCACACGGGAGAGAAGCCGUACCCCUGCCCCGACUGGGCAAGAAGUUCGCUCACCUGGGAGCCAUGAGACGACACCUACUCACACACACGGGAGAGAAGCCUUACUCCGCUCUGUGUGUGGGAAGAGUUUCACCCAAUCAGGACAUCUGAAAGAGCACCAACAGUCUCACUCCGGAGAGAAGCACCACUGUCUGAUCUGUCUGAAACAGUAAUCAGAGCAGAAGAUCUGAAGAUUCACCACAGAGUUCACACGGGAGAAAGGCCCUACCGCUGUGCAGAGUGUGGCAAGAGCUACAUCAGGUCAAAGAAUCUCCGGGCUCACAAGCUGACUCACCAGAGGACAGGAAGUGGUAAAAGGACGGGGAGAUGGCAGCUACUAUCCAGGUGAAAGUGAAGGAGGAGGAAGAAGAGGAGGAGGUUGGUGGUUUUAUCAAUGCUGAAGGAGAGGAGGAGGAAGAGGAGUCGGUUGGUGGUUUCAUCAAUGCUGAAGGAGAGGAGGAAGAGGAGUCGGUUGGUGGUUUCAUCAAUGCUGAAGGAGAGGAGGAAGAGGAGUCGGUUGGUGGUUUCAUCAAUGCUGAAGGAGAGGAAGUUGGCUGGAGUUUCCCUGAUCUCAGUGAGAGUCCUGUCCAUGGCUCUUCUGGUAGUGAAGGAGGAAGUCCCCCAACAUCACACAUUAACAAGGAUCCCGGUGACCAAUCCAGCACCAAAGCUACAGAGUCCCAGGGCCUGAUCCAAGACAUGAGGAGGACAUCACUCAAACACCUGGGAUCAACGUUCAUAUUGUAGAAGAGGAGAAGAGGAAGGAAAGAGAGGAUGAAGUUGUGGUUUCAUCAAUUCUGAAGGAGAAGAAUUUGACUGGGAAUUCUGUUCA